GAAUGCACCUGGACCGCCCUAAAUGGUCUCCAGAGCCCUCUUCCUGGCUGGGAGGCAGCACGGAGGGGUGAGGUUGCAGGGAUAAUGAGUUUCCAGGCUAGGCAGUGGCAUGGCAUCCCAAAUGGCGACGAGGGUGGCUGGAGGGCCUGGUUCGUCCGCGGGCAGGGAAAGCUGGUGCGCGCGAGGGACAGGCGGCCAGCAGCCGUUGGGGCACGCCCCUGGUUUCCAGGGGCCAGCCUGCGGCGGCGGUACAACCAACCUGACACAGCCAGGCCCCGGAGCCCACCAUGCAUGCCAAAACCACCAGGACCCCCGCAGGGAGCUUGCAACAGCAGCCGCGUUCCGCACGCCCAGGGGCUGCCGCAGCUCCGGAGGCACCCUCACGCUCAGGGCCAUCCGUGCAACCAAGGAACGUAGCACCCAGUGCGCCGCAAGAUGCAAGCUCAAGGACACCCACCAAGCAACCGCCCGCACCCAAAACAGAAGCUGAGAAGGCCGCCAUCCAAAAGCGUGCCGAAGGACGGGCCCUAGUACCGCUCCAAUUCAGGGACAGCUUCAAGCGUUUUUUCUUCUCGCCCACGGGAAUGUUGAAGAUCCUGAGGCUGGGUCUUAUCAUAGGAGCGUUAGUUUGUUUCAUCAUUGCCAAAGCCCAUGAGCCGUAUAUAGCCAUCACAGUUCUGGAAAUCUUCAUCGUUCUUUUUUUUAUUCUAAUAUAUAUGCUAACCCUUCACCACUUGCUGGUUAAUUUAGAUUGGUCCUUACUUGAUCUUGUCAACAGUUUCAUUUCAGCCGUGUUCCUUCUAAUAGUUGCCAUCUUGGCAAUGCAAGAAAUGGAAAGAAGACAUUUAUUCUACGUUGGAGGGACCCAGUGCCUCACAGCAGCAAUCGUGUGUAUCCUGGAUGCAGUUAUGGUCACCAAAAAGAUGAGGGAUAAAAUGAGAAGAAUCCUGGGGCUCGAUUUCUAAAGCAGUUCCUCCCUGCUCCUGGAACCCAAGAAGUCACCCUGGCCAGGACCCACACCGGCACCCGGGAAAGCACCCACGCCGGCACCCAGGAAAGCAGGCACGCCGGCAGCGGGGAAAGCAGGCACGCCCGCAUCCUCAAAACCACCCACUCCCACACCCUCAAAAGCACCCGUGGCGGCACCCGCAAAAGCACCUGCAAAAGCACCCGCGAAAGCACCCACGUCGACAGCCAGGAAAGCACCCACGCAGGCCCCCACCUCGGAUGCCAGGCGCACAUCCACCCAGGCAUCCUCGAUGGCAUCCUCAAAGGUAUCCUCUCGGCCAUCCUCGCUGCCACCCUGGCGGAAAUAAGCGGACACCUGACGCAUCGGUUAAACAUCUGUGCCUCGUCCCUCCCGCUCGCUAAUCCCACCACUGAGCUUGUAUGCUGUCACCCAGCCCGGCCCACAUGCGAUCAUAAAAUCAGGGCUUCUAAGUCGGGAACA